AUGGGUGAGAAAGAGUCUAAAAAGGAGAAGAGAGAGAGAAAGAAGUUGAAGAAGGAAACAAAGAAAAGCAAAGAGGAAGAAGAAAUUGAAGAGCAAGUAGAAGCAACAGAAGUGACAGAAGCUACAGACUUUGCUGAAGAUGAUUUAGACACAACUUCAGAUAACCAAGAGUCACAUCAUAAAACAAAAUUUGAAGAAAUAACUGUUGAAUUGACAGCAGGUACACCCUUGUCUAAGAAACAACAACGGUUAUUGAAAAAAGGUAAGAUAGAUUUAGAAAAGCUUUCUAAGAAACAUCCAGCACCCAAGCCACUUACAGAAGACGGGAAGGAAGAGUCAGAAUCUGCACCCAAGAGGUCUCCUUAUGGUGUGUGGAUAGGUAACUUGUCAUAUGAUACUACUAAGGAAGAUUUGGAACGGUUCAUCACAUUGAAGACUAGCGAUUUCAAAGAUGAAUUAGUUCCUGUGGAAUUGUCCGAUAUUUCCAGAGUCAAUUUACCCAAAAAGAAUGGGAAAUCUAAAGGGUUUGCUUAUAUUGAUUUGCCUUCUGUGUUACACGUUCAAAGUGUGGUUAAAUUGAGUGAAGAACAAUUGAAUGGUCGGAAAGUUUUAAUUAAAGAUAGUACUAGUUUUGAAGGCAGACCUGAAACCGCCACGGGUACACCAACUACUGAUGCAGGGAAACCUUUAUCUAAAAACCCUCCUAGUCGUAUUCUUUUUGUGGGUAACUUGUCUUUUGAUACUACCAGUGACUUGCUUGAAGAGCACUUUAGACAUUGCGGAGAGAUUGUUAAGAUACGAAUGGCCACUUUUGAAGAUUCCGGGAAAUGUAAAGGAUUUGCAUUUGUUGAUUUCAAAGAUGUUAAUGGUCCUACUACUGCAUUGAAAUCAAAGUUAGCCAAGAAGUUGAUAAAUAGACCUUUACGUUUGGAGUAUGGUGAAGAUAGAUCUAAGAGAACUCCUAACCGUCCCAAGGUAAAUGAUGACGAAGGUAAUGGAGAUAGUAGUGGAUCAAGAGAUGGUGGUGGAUUUAGAGCUAAGGAAAGACCAAGUGUUACAGACAAUUCACAUUCUCAAGAGGAUUUCACAAGACCUACGCCAAAGCCAAUGAUUAAGAAAAGAAAGUUCGAGGGAUACAGUAAUGAUUCAGAUAAAAGAGUUAAGUCAAGUAUUGCAUUGGCUACAGCCCAAAGAGCCAGUGCAGCUAUUGUUCCUUCUCAAGGUAAGAAGAUUAAAUUUGAUUAA